GUGUCAGUGUGUAUCAGAUUAGUGAUCAGAGCUUUGUCUCGGCAUCAACACACAACACUGAUGGAUCCUGGACGUCUGCGCUCUCUGUCGCUCUUCAUAAGGGUGUUUAUGAUUUCCGCCACAGCAUCUGCUGUCAACCUCGAAGGAGAACUUAUCAAGGAUUUGAUGAGGGGCUACAACAAGCACGUCCGGCCCACGGAGAAGAGCGGGGACAUCACUCCGGUCUACAUCAAGAUGACGCUCACCAACCUCAUCUCCCUGAAUGAAAAGGAGGAGGCCUUGACCACCAGCGUCUGGAUCGAGAUGCAAUGGUGUGACUACAGGCUCAGAUGGGACCAGCCGCCCAGGUCGGCUCUGUACGGAAACAUCACCUCUGAGCUACGUAUCCCCUCCAAGAGCAUCUGGCUGCCAGACGUCAUCCUGGAGAACAACGUGGACGGACAGUUUGAGGUCGCUCUCUAUUGCAACGCACUUGUGUCUCCUAACGGCUGUGUGUACUGGCUGCCUCCUGCCAUCUACCGCAGUGCCUGUGCCAUCACUGUCAACUACUUCCCCUUCGACUGGCAGAACUGCACCAUGGUGUUCCGCUCUCAGACUUACAGCGCCAAUGAGAUUGAACUGGUGCUCAAACAGGAGGACAACCAAACGCUGGAGUGGGUGGACAUUGAUCCAGAAGCUUUCACAGAGAAUGGCGAGUGGGUCAUCAAACACAGGCCGGCCAAGAAAGUCAUCAACACUCAGUACACGAAGGACGAGCGCGAGUACCAGGAGGUGGUCUUCUUCCUCAUCAUCCAGCGAAAGCCCCUGUUCUACAUCAUCAACAUCAUUGCUCCCUGUGUGCUCUUCUCCUCGCUCUGCCUGCUCGUCUACUACUUACCUGCCAAAGCUGGCGGUCAGAAGUGCACGAUGUCUAUUGCAACUCUUCUGGGUCAGACUGUGUUCCUCCUCCUUAUCUCCAAGAAGGUUCCAGAGACUUCUAAAGCGGUGCCUCUUAUUGGAAAGUAUCUGAUGUUUGUGAUGUCAGUGACCACCAUGGUCGUGAUGAACUGUGUGAUCGUCCUCAACGUGUCCCUGAGGACGCCCAACACCCACAUAAUGACAGACAAAGUCCGAAAGAUCCUCCUCAACAUCCUGCCUCGACUGCUGAGGAUGCAGAUGCAGCCCUGGACACCGAACGACAACACCAUGGCAACCGGAAACGGCAAAACUCAGACUACAGACGUGAACCAUGUGUUCCUGGUUCCCUGCCGACGCCGCAGCUCCAUGACCCUCAUCAUCAAGGCGGAGGAAUACGUGAUGAGAACAGCUCGGUCCGAACUCAUGUUUGCCAGACUCAAAGAAAGAAACGGACUGAUGAAGUCAGUAUUAGAGAAGCUACAUGAUGGGAUGGAGGGUGGCACAGCUGAGCAGCUCGGUGCCAGCCUGGCGAACGCCUCUCCAGAGCUGAAGCAGUGUGUGGCAUCCUGCAAACAUAUCGCAGAGACUGCACGGCAGAAAAACAACUUCCAGAACGAGAAUGAGGAGUGGUUCCUGGUUGCCCGGGUGAUCGACAGAGUCUGCUUCAUCGUCAUGACGCUGGUGUUUUUCAUCGGCACUAUUGGGAUCUUCCUGAUGGGCCACUUCAACCAGCCUCCCUCCUCACCUUUCCUGGGCGAUCCAAAGAAGUAUCUCCCUCCAUUGAACAACAUCUCUGACAUGAGUGACAGUGGAAUGUGAGCAGUGAGAAAUCAAGAGAUUCCCUCGCUUUACCCAAAGUGAAAAUCUGACGACAUGUGUCAAUGAUCUUUCACUAAUGACAGAGAACGGAGAAGAUACAGCUGUUGUGUAUUUUCUGCACACUUGUCAGUUGCUUGUGUGGACCGUCAUAGAGGUGAAGUUGCACAUAACAAAAGAUCCAGGGCACCACUCCACAAUGGUGUGGACGCGGCGUUGGAUCCAUGAUGAUGCACACUGGUUUCAGUUGUAAGUUUUUGUUUAAGGUUGAAAAAUGUUUAAUUCAUUGUUGUAUAACAAAAAAAAAAAAGAAAAGUUGCUUUUUCUUGUUGUCAGCACAGUGUUUACUGCGUUUUUGCCUUUCGGGAACCCACAUGAGUGUUGAUCACACAUGUGGACAGUAAACAGCCAAAUGUUCCAAAUAGAUGCUUUUAUCAAU